UGUCAAAACAACAGAAAAACAUACUCUUACCAAAGAAGGAAAGAUUUCAUCAUGUAACAUGAUUACAAUGGGGCUAGUUUAUCUAAUAACACAUUAUGCACAAUAUCUUUAUUAGAGAAAACCUGUAUAACCAAUCAAAGAACUAGUUGCAUUAUGACAUUUCCUGACUGCAAAGGAGGGCUUCUAUUUUAGUACACAGAAGUUAUGAGAAAGACAGACGGUCUAAAUCUUUCAACAGUUUGAAAGUACAAGGAAAAUAUCUCAAAAAGAACAGCAUUGUAAAAAGGUUUACCUAACCUGCUGGCUUCCAAUGUUUUUGAAUGGCAAUUCCCAUUAUCUCCAGUUAUUGGUCCUCCUGGUAGCAGAUGAUGGGAGUCACAGUCGCUUAUGAAAGACACCACAUCGGGAUAUAAUGUUAUGAAGUUAUGAAUAACCACAAUCAAAGUCUAAUUAUAAUGUCUGGAAGUGACCAUCCUGAGGAAUACAGAAUUUCGUCACUUGUCUUCUACAGUUUUAUUUUCGUAAUUGGCUUACUUGUCAAUAUGACAGCACUCUGGGUCUUCAGCUGUACGACCAAAAAGAGAACAACGAUAACGAUCUACAUGAUGAAUGUUGCACUGCUUGACUUGAUUUUUAUAUUUACUUUGCCCUUUCGAAUGCAUUAUUAUGCGAAACGCUCUUGGUUCUUCGGAGAUGUCUCCUGUCGAGUCCUGAGCACUUUCACUGUUUUUUAUCCCAGUGUUGCUCUGUGGCUGCUAGCUUUUAUAAGCGUUGACAGAUAUAUGGCCGUUGUUCAACCCAAACAUGCCAAGGAACUCAAGAACACAACUAAAGCCCUGAUAGCUUGCACAGGGCUUUGGAUAAUGACUGUUGUGACGACUACUCCACUGCUGUUUUUACAUUCUGAUUCAGAUAACAUUUCAAAUUUUACCACCUGCAUUAAGAUGAUGGAUAUUAUAUAUCUAAAGGAAAUCAGUGCGUUAAAUUUUUUUCGACUGGCCUUUUUUUUCUUGAUUCCCCUAGUCACCAUGAUUGGUUGUUACUUGGCCAUCACUUACAGUCUUACACAUGGAAGGAAGUCCAAGCUCAAACCAAAGGUUAAAGAAAGGUCUAUAAAAAUUAUUGUGACAUUGAUUAUCCAAGUACUUGUCUGCUUUGUGCCUUUUCACAUUUGUUUUGCACUCCUGAUGCUUGAAAAUGGACCUGUGAGCUACAACCCAUGGGGUGCAUUUACCACCUUUCUCAUGAAUCUCAGCACAUGCCUAGAUGUAAUUCUGUACUAUUUAGUUUCUAAACAAUUUCAGGCCCGAGUGAUCAGUGUUAUGCUUUAUCGCAAUUAUCUUCGAAGUGUACGAAGGAAAAGCAUACGAUCUGGUAGUGUGAGAUCACUAAGUAAUAUUAACAGUGAGAUGAUAUAAACAAAACAAAGCAGUGAAAUAUAUAAACAUGCUUGAAGAAGACUUAAGUGAAGAAAAGAAAGUAUGGCAAAGCUCACCAUAAGAAGAAAGGUGUAACUUUUAAUAUUCCUAUCUCAAACUGCAUUUUCCUUGAUAAAGAGGAAAAUUACCUUAGCAUGACACACACUGAAAUUUUUGGUAUUUAUUAAUGCAUCUGUUAGUUACAUAUUAUUUUCUUACCUUUGAUUCUUUUAUUUUUGACAUGUUACUUUCAUGGAAUUGCACUAUUUAGUAAGACUGAGCAGUAUGAAAAUUAAUUGAACACUGCAUUAUUUCAGUCGUCACAACAAUGCAAAGUAGAAGUGGAGAAAAAAUAAUUCCAGAUGUCUAAUUCAAAUAAUUCAUCUACAAUAAAUAUUUGAACAAUUA